AUGCAGCAGGACACCCAGAAGCCGUCCACGUCCUGCCCCCGACAGAAGACGCCGGCAGGCGGCGGGAAGAAGGAGGGGCCCUGGGCCCGGAAGGAGAGCCUGGGCGCCCUGUACCUGCCAGUGGUGGUGGGGCCCCCGGGCGCCAAGGCCGACAAGCUCCGGUUCACAUUCUACAGCCCGCGGUACUCCAACUCCCUGAGCCCCUUCUACACGCUGCAGAAGCCCACCUGCGGCUACCUGUACAGCCGCGCCAUAGACCACACCCGCAAGCGCCUGGAAGUACCGCCGGCCAACCUGGCCAUGUGGCAGUCCUAG